CGGCCAACAACAACACAAACGUCGUCCAAAAAAAGAGAAGAUUGUCAAGCAAGACACCAAACCAGCACACCGUGAGUGCUUCCAACACAACUGGUGUGUGUGUGUGGGUUUGUGUGUGUGCCCUGAAACCAACUCUCCCACAACACAAACACACACACACACACACAUCCACGCGCUGGUGAUGGUGCGCUCCAAAGUGAGGCAGCUCGUCGCUCGGUUCUGGGCUCUCUUGGGUGCACGGUCCCGGCGCAGCCACCUCUACCUGCGAUGCUUUCUGCUGACCUUUGCGGCGCACGCGGCAGUGCAGCUGCUGCAAAAGCCCAUCAGCGUGAUCAAAGGCGACAUGGCCACCAGCAUGCAGGUGUCCCUUCCUCGCAUGGGCUGGCUCGACUUUUCACUUCUCUUCCCGUUUGCCGUUACACAAGUGGCUCUGCGCUCCAGGAUAGACCGUGUUGGCCCACGCAAAGCCAUCGGGCUUGCACUGCUGGGGGCGAGUGCGCUGAUGUUCACCUUCGGGUGGUGGCAUAGCUACUUCCUGUACAUGCUUGUGCUGAUGCUGUCGGGUGCUUUGGAGUCCGUCAUCAUGCCGUCCUGUGUGAAGGCUCUCAGCACAUGGCACUCUGGGCGCGGCGAAGCAACACAGCUGGGGGUGUGGGGAAGCUCCCUCUUUGUUGGACAGCUGCUGGCCACGGCCAUGGCCGUGUGGUUCCGGGGCGUGCUUGGCUGGCGACACGUCUUCAUCGUCCCUGCCAUCAUCGCUGCCGCUGUCGGUGCGCUAGUGCUGCGUCUCCUGCGCAUGCCAUCCAGCACAACGUUCAUCAACCCCAUCUCGCCACCACCGCCGCCGCCGUCAGCAACACGUGCGGGCCGCUCCUCAUACCCGCGCGACCGACACAAACGCACACGGGCGCACGCACACGCACUCGCACAACCAGCACCGACGACGACGACGAUUCUGUCUUCCUCUUCUUCCUCCUCCUCGAGGGAAACAAAGGCAAAGACGUCUGCUGCACCAUCGCCGUUACCAGCUGCCAUGCCGCCACCUCCCACCACGUCGUCAUCAACCCUCAUGCCCUCGACCCCAUACCCACCGCCCCCAACAACAGCAGCGGGACCACUCACCAUGGGCGCAGCAAGCACCUCCACAGCACUGCCAUCUCCCCAGCCACACCCCUCAACAACAUCAUCACACUCACACUCCCUGUCCGCGACGCCAACGAAGCAACCGCCAUCAUCGUCAUCGUCAGCACCGGGUCCAUCACGGGCACAUGGCAUGCCACUCUCCCACUCGUACCCUGCACAGCCCCACGCGCCAUCCACCACCAACAGCAGUGGCAGUGGCAGUGAACAGUGGGCAUCACGCGGCCUGAAUGUCAAGGGCAGGCGAACACGCACCGGCAACACCAGCAACAACACCAGCGCCACCACAACCAUCAUGAGCAGCAGCAACGGUCGGUCAAGCCCGUCUCACACCACCACGACCGCCGCCACCACGCCCAUGUAUUUGCAUCACAGCUACGGCGACCCGCUAUCAGAGCGACACAGCCCAGCCGUUGUGGACCACAGUGACUCUUCGUGGCGCGAUGAUGGCUCACAGAUACCGCUGCACCGCUCCCUGCCAGCCAUGCCGCAGUCGUCGUCAUUGACGUCAGCAGCAGCGGCGGCAGCAGCCGAGACGCGAGCACGCCACGUGCACAACCCAGCAACCACGCAUCUUGUUUCGCGUCAUCACAGCGCUACAGGCGGCGAAAUGCUUGAGUCUGUCCGCAGCAGCUUGGGUGGCGAUGAUGAUAUGGGGGAGGGAUGGUCGACUGAUGGUGCGAUGCAGAGUGCGCACGGUGUUGUCCGCAAGCUGUUGAUGAAGGCAGAUGGGUUUCUGUCUGGUGACAUUGGAGCGAGCACGGAUGAGGAGAGUGAGAGUGAGGGUGAGGUUUAUGUGUUGGAGAGUAUGCACAAGAGCCAUGAGCUGACGUUGCGGCAGGUGUUACGACUGCCCCACCUCCUCUCUCUUGGUGCCAUCUACUGCUUUGUAAAUAUGAUUCGCUACGCUGUUCAUAUGUGGCUCCCGUUUUACUUCCAAACCCUUCAUUCAUACGAUAGGCUCGAAGCAGGUUACAUGUCGAGCACGUUUGAAAUUGGCGGGCUGCUUGGAUCUGCACUCAUUGGGGCCGCUGGCGAGAGGUUUGCGAGCGGGAGGAAAGUGGCAACGUGUCAGGUUGCGUUGAUUAUUGGCGCCAUCUCCACAGCCAUGUUCCACCAGACAGCUGGCAGCAAUCCCGUCUUCCAGUCGUUCUUCCUCCUCGCAAUGGGCGCAUGUUAUGGCGGCGUUGAGGUGAUGAUCUCGACAUCAAUGGCCAUUGCAAUCGGCAUCGAAGUUGAUGCGGUGACGUCCGUUGUCAGCGUCAUCAGCUGUUUCGGGACGUUGGGGGCCGUGAUUCAGGCACCGCUCGUUGCGCAGGUGGUGCGGCACCACGGCACGAGUGGCGGGUCUUACCUGCUCGCUGUCCUCGUCACGCUGCCUGUUGUGGCGUCGCUGUUUGCGCGGACACACGACCGCAGACACACGCGCUCCCUCCUCACCUCUCGCAUCGCGGACUAGGCCUGGGCCACGUGCGGUUAUGGGGGGGGGGGGGCUUGCGGUGUG